AUGUUUGCACCGGGUUUAAAAAGUACGUCCGGAAACGUUCGGAACCCGCGGCUAAAGCUUGGCUCAGCAGCAUCCGCAGCUGCAGCACCAUCAUCCAGCUCGUCCUGCCCAUUGAGCGGAGAGACGCACGAGCACCGUAGAACGCAGCGAAGGUGUACUGGUAUCUUACCGCCGAACGUGGAUGGUCGGCCACGCGGUACACUAGCGAUUGGAUUUGGUAACUUCCUGGAAUCUCCCCGUGUGACUGCGGGUGGCUCUCCCGCUAGCGUCGGAAUUCGUUGGAACAGCACGAAGGUAUACGCUGCAGUUGAUCUGCAGGUAGUGUGGUGGGGACAGAAGGCAUCCACUCCGGUGGCAACGCUUCACUGGGCAGAGGGAGGAAAGAAUAGUGGUUGCGUCGAUUACGAAGUUUGUACCAGUGCAGGGCUAUUCCGACGGUAUCUGAAAAGCUGCGAACCUGUGCGCCUGAGACUAUACUCCAAACGCACCGAAACUCUUAUCGGAACGGCCAAGGUACCGAUACCGAAUAAAAUUAUAAAUUUCUGCGAAACUGCUGACCCAGCGACGGCCGCCACACAAAGCUGUGGAGAGAUUCUCAGCGUACGCGGCUUUCGGCUCGGUGAACUUUGUUUGGAAUUCUCCCUCAAAUUCGAUCCCAAGGAGUUUCCGGCAAAUCCAUCCAAACCCGUCAGCUCACAGUCCCAGAAAGGGAAAGAAAAUCGGAAAAUGUUAUGCGUCGAGCAGCCCGCCUCUGCUAUUGCGCCCCUAAAACCCCUCCCAUCCGCAUCGAACUCAGCGCUGAUUGUGGAAGGAAAAAUAGCUCCGCUCCAUGAAAGUUCACAGCGUGCUCUGGCCGAUGGACACCGCCUUCAAGCGGGGAAGAAAAAGUUCAACACGCUGGAUCACGAGCGAAGGCGCAAAGUGUUGGAUUAUCUAACCGGAAAACCGUACGAUGAUGAACGGGCCCGCUGCUCGUCGGAACUUUCGGCACUCAGUGAGAUCUGUUCCAUAUCGCCGGCAGAAAGCAUGAUGGAAGCACUCGCCCGAUAUGAUGCCGCUCCCGAGCAGAACAAGCAACCCUAUCUGCAGGCGGUCGAUUGCAUUCGUGUGCUGGUGGAAGGAUUGCGACUUACAAGAGCCGGUAUGAAGGAAAUGCAACAUCGCACAAAACAUCAGUGGUUAGCACCGGCAAUGUCCGGUUUCAUCGUGAAGAUGAAGCUUUCCCGCAAUCCCAACAUAACGCUUCUCAAGUUCAACUCCACAUCGAUGGCUUACGAUAACGCGGAGGUACUGUUCGAGAGUCAGCCGAAAACCACAAAAAUUGCCCUACCCACGGGUGGAGAUGAAGGAUUGUCGUUUGAGUUCGGCAUACAUCUGAACGUUGGCAGCAGUUUCGGAAAGGUUCGACUGUUCAUGCUCGGAUCGGCCUCCGUUGCGUUGCGCGAGCUGCUAGAUGGACGUUUAAGUUGCCACAAACGCUGCCCGGUUCGGUUGACAUCUGAUGAUAUUCUGCUCGGUACACUGACGCUACGCAUGUAUCUAGGACGCCGAGGACUUCACUUUGGAUCGGAAUUGAUCGAUGCCGUACUGGUGGACGAUGGUAACGUUACGCUUGAUAAUACUUCAAGUGAUAGUGACACGUGGGAUGGUCCUACGGGUCCCUUGCCAGAACCUUCACAUCAGCAUUAUUUUGAUAGACCACAUUCUUGUGGCUAUCAUCCAUUGGGCGGACCGAUGCGCCAACGUGGUUUAUUCCCACACGCAAGCUGGACAUGCACAAGGCACACCGGCUGUCCGGCAGAUAAUCAAAGUCCUUCCCAUGCCAAGGACACGAACACGUCAAAAAAUCAACAGUCGAAUCCAACGGCAAACGAGACCUCUGACGGAAUGGCAAAGAAAAAUCAAAAUGAACCGCCCGAACAAUCACAGCCGGAACCGAAACCAAUGGAAACGGAAACAAGUACUCCAGCAGAACGGGUAAAGCUGCUUCACGGAAUACUUCAUCUUGGUCAGCUUCGGUCUCUUCCGGUCGAUGAUUACUUUCUCGUGUGUAAUACUUUCUGGACCGACGAACCGAGUUCGCUCACAUCGGAACUUUGUGCAGAGGGAGGUGAUUUUAACUACCUCCAUACGUUCCCAGUACUCGCGAACGCGACAUUCAUCGAUCGUGUUCGCAACCAACACAUGAAGGUGGAACUUUGGCAGAAACCGAAAGGUGAACCGGAAAAGCUUAUCGGUCUGACUCGCUUGCCCCUGCAUCAGUUCUACAUCGCGUUCCGGGAUGCCCAGCUGAGCGAGCAUCUGUCCCACGCCAAGCUGCCUGUCAUCUCGAUCGAUGGUUGGAGCGGUAUCGGAUCACCACUGGCCGCUGAACCAUGCGGUGAGAUCAAGGCCAUACUAGCCAUCGGUACUGAGAGUCAGAUUGAGCAUUUUAAAACCAUGCGCAAUCUCCUGCACGUGUCGAGCGAUGUGCCACGCUCGCUUGCAUCUCGUGCCAGCGUGCCCUCGUCUGCGGUAGGCUCUCCAACACGCCGAAUCUAUCCGCGGCCCGAGCACAAAUCAAUACAAACGAUGAGCACCGGCACCAAGCAGCCUCAAACGUCCGAGGUGGCAAACAUGCUGUCGGCGUUUAUCGAAAAUCUCGCCCAGCGCUUGCCAAUCUCGUCGGAACGCAGUACGGCACCGAGCUACGAUCACAAUAAUGCUUCCACCGACCAACCGAUGGAUGUACCGCAUGGCGGAUCUUCACCGCACUCGAAUGCAAACCGACCACAGCUACGUAAAACGGCCGAUCUGCUCGACAAUCUGCAGAAGGCCCUGUCCCAACGGCCGUCCGCUUCUGCACUGGAUGGAUUCGGUGGUUUGGGAGGGUUAGGUAUGGCUACUCUGCUCGGUGCUGCCACGACACCCGCCGAUCAAACACCACCGGCAGCGGGCGCUGGCAUCGGUAGUGGACAACCACAUGACGUAACGGGCCCAAGCGACGAGGGUGGUUCAACUGGAGCCACCGAAAGUGGAAUGGAUUCUCAACCAACAACGGAGAACUCAACCAGCACAAGUAGUAAAGCUACACCGAGCGCUGAGCUCAACUCAGUCUCGAUGGACGAAUGCAAGGUGUUCCGUGUGGCGAUCGAGAUCGAACAGGCGGUAAAUUUACCGAAGCUCACCAUCAGCAAAAAGUAUGCCAAACGGCACAAGACUCGUAACGUGCCCGAUACGCUGGAAUUGGAGCCUAGUGCGUAUGCCACGUUCGAAGGGUACAACUUGAAAGCCGGUAUGCCGAACACGGUUAAAUCGCACGAAGGAAUCGUGUACACGACGCACGUACUGGAACGCAACUGUGCUCCCGGUUGGCAGAAGCGCUUCGAGGUGCAACUUCCGGUCGAUUUAAUGAUGAACGAUGAAAAACGGUUCAUAUUGAAGGUUUGGCGUAAGGCGGCAUUGAGCGAUGCACCCAAGUGUCGUUUGCUGCCUGCCCCGAUGGAGGAUGCCGUGAUCGGGUUCUGUGCGAUUGAUUUGAGUGUGUUGCUGUCGGGUAUGCCGUACAUUCUCGGUUGGUACAACAUUAUGGACUUUUCCGGGCGCUGCAACGGCCAAAUAAAGGUUAAUGUACAGCCACUGGAGAACGUGCAAGUGUACAAGGGGCUCGACGAGCAGAUGAACUUCCAGAUACCGCUAUCGAUCGAUGUGGACUGUACCGCGAUCGGGUUGGACGCAGCCAACAACACCUCGCUCAGCCGUGCGUUGAAGCGCAAGUUUACCGAGUUAGAAGAAAUUACGGAACGAUUAAAGGCACGCCUGUUUGAUGUGACCGGCGAAGAAGGUGAUGACGAUCAGUUUGAGCACGACCUUAACACGGAAGCGGAAGAAGAGGAAGAUGAAUCCUGGCCAGAUCAGUUCGGUGACAUGUCUAACCAGAAGCGCAACAGCCAGUACCCGAACGGUGCGCUAACGCUCACCACCAACACAUCGUCCUACUCGAUGUGUGCUACCGAUCGGCGCGUAAACGAUCCGCCAGAACGGACCCUUACCGGGUGCUCGAACCAGAACCAGACUGCACGACACCCACCGGCACAGUUGCAGCUAGAAGAUCUGAUCCAAACGCACGACAUCGACACGCUGAUUAAUCCGGCCAUCAUAAAGAAUCUCCUCAACCCAUCCAACUCGGACGAAACGCCACCGCUUGGUGAUGGUGGUGGACUGGAGGCAGCGACCGAUGCGGACAUGAGUGAUACCAAUUCUUCGUCGCGAUCAUCGCUGCUGCCGGUCGAUGCGAACGGAACUCCAUCACAAACGGUGUCAGCGGGUGGCGAUAAAGUAAGGCAGAUUGCUUCUGCCCUGCAGAGGACUACCAUAUCCGAUGCGAGCUGCGAUACAAGUCCCAUGCCCACGACCAGUAAGUGUCGUGAAGCUCCGGAAGGCGAAACGAUGAAGGAUGUUAAUAAUUGA